AAGNAAAAAUAAAAAUGUCCAUGGCAAUGGCCACCAAGGAUUCCGGCUGGUGGCUCUUCACCAUACCAGCCUUCCUUGGCUCCGAAACCCUACUUGACGCUUACGUUAUCCUCUCUCUAAUCACCGCCUUCGUCUCCGUCACCCUCCUCACCUGGGCCCUCUCCCCCGGCGGAUCCGCCUGGUGCAACGGCCGAAACCGAGCCGCCGGCGCCGCCGUCCCCAUCCCCGGCCCACGCGGCCUCCCCGUCAUCGGAAGCCUACUCGACCUCAGCCGCGGCCUUGCCCACCGCCGCCUCGCCGCCCUCGCCGCGUCCGCCGGCGCCCGGACCCUCAUGGCCUUCAGCCUCGGCUCCACCCCGGCGGUGAUAUCCUCCGACCCCCGCACCGCCCGGGAGAUCCUCGCCUCCUCGGGCUUCGCCGAUCGGCCCGUCAAGCAGUCGGCCCGCAGCCUCAUGUUCGGCCGCGCCAUCGGCUUCGCUCCAAGCGGCGCCUACUGGCGCCUUCUCCGCCGCAUCGCAGCCUCCCACCUCUUCUCCCCCCGCCGCGUCGCCGCCCACGAGCCCGGACGCCUGGCCGACUGCGCCGCCAUGAUCCGGGCCGUCGCCGCCGAAUCGGACCGCGGCGGGCCGGUCCUCCUCCGGCCUCACCUCCAGGCGGCUGCUCUCAACAACAUCAUGGGCAGCGUUUUCGGGCGGCGAUAUGACCCGGCCCGAGACGGCGCGGAGCUGGCCAAUCUCCGGGACAUGGUCAGUGAAGGGUUCGAACUUCUCGGCGCCUUCAACUUCUCCGAUUACCUUCCGUGGCUUUCCUACUUUUACGACCCUCACCGUAUUGUCCGCCGCUGCCAGGCCCUCGUGCCACGUGUCCGAAAUUUCGUCGCCGCUAUCAUUGAUCAGCAUAAGCUGAAAAGGUUGUCCGGAGCUAAUACGUCCGAUAACGCUGAUUUCGUUGAUGUCUUACUUUCCUUGGAGGGCGACGAAAAGCUUGAUGAAGAUGACAUGAUCGCCGUUUUAUGGGAGAUGAUUUUCCGUGGAACGGACACGACGGCGCUUCUGACCGAGUGGGUGAUGGCUGAGCUGGUGUUGCACCCCAAGGUACAAGACAGGCUUCGUGAGGAGCUACUCGCCGCCGGCGCCGGCGCCGACCUGGCGGCGCUGCCGUACCUUCAGGCCGUGGUGAAGGAAACGCUGAGGGUGCACCCGCCAGGGCCCCUUCUCUCGUGGGCCCGCCUCUCCACGGCGGACGUCCACCUCAGCAACGGGAUGGUGGUUCCGGCGGGCACCACCGCCAUGGUCAACAUGUGGGCCAUCACCCACGACCCGGAGGUUUGGUCCGACCCGCUUGAGUUCAGGCCUGAGAGGUUCCUGGCGGCGGAGGGCGGCGCUGACGUGGACGUCCGCGGCGGCGACCUGAGGCUGGCGCCGUUCGGGGCUGGUCGGAGGGUUUGCCCAGGGAGGAGCCUCGGGAUGGCCACGGUGGCGCGUUGGGUGGCGAGCCUUGUCCGGAGCUUUGAGUGGGCAGCUGACCCGGCGGCUCCGGUUGAUUUGUCAGAGGUUCUCAAGCUGUCUUGUGAGAUGAAGUUCCCUUUGUCCGCUGUGGUCUUGAAGCGUGGUGACGUAAUCUACUAAGGCUUGUUUGGUUCAUUAAUUAUGGAACUUUAAUGUUAUGUAGGGAAAUUAUCACAUGACUUUGUAAUUUUAUUUGUGUUUUGGGUGUUUUGGACAUGGGAAUGAAUGAGUUUGGUGAGGAGAUUUUGUGGGGGAGGGGUAUGUCUAGUGAUAAUUAGCUAAGUGUGUUAUUUUGGUCAAAGAUGUUUGUUUCCAUUAUGGUUGCUACCUAUCUUGGCUCCCAAUUUUGAUAUGGUUUUGGUCUAUUGGAGUUGGUAUUUUCCAAAUCUUGAAUAUGUAUCUAUGUGAUUUCUAUAUUCUGUCUUAUUGUGAGUGGGUAGAAAUUUCAAAUUGAAUGAUGAGGUCAAUGUUUGCUAGCAUCUCCAAUAGUCUUGAAAG